CAUAAACAGAGUUCUUCGUAGGUUCUUUUUUGUCUUUUCCCUCAGGAAUUCCUAAAAUAACUUUUCGAUUCUCCUUUCGAUCUUUCCUCAAUCAACAAAAAAACCCGUAAAUCGUUGCUUUCCUUCCUCCAAAUCAACACAAAAUCCAUAAAUAAUAGCUUUCAUUUGGUAGCCUUUUUGAUUCCUUGACCAAAAUUCUUAAAUAGUAGAAGAGUUGAAUUUCAGUUUUCUAAACCCUUUAAAGCCUAUAAAUUAAUUCCCUACAGUUUCAUUGGCAAUUGUUAUGGCUCAUUGGGGACUAGUAAUCGGCUUGGAAUUUGAUGCAUCAUCUAAGGAUCGGAGGUUGUUCAUUGCAGCGGGAAGCGUGAUUGCAAAAAUCCAGUCCGCCACAACUAGGUCUAUUGGGUUUUGGCUAAGGCAUGGGAGUCAAAAGGAUUUUCAGGUAAAUGAAGUUGACGAAAAUCUUUAUACAAUCUCUUUUCACACUGAAUCCGGCUUGAUGCUUAUAUUGGACAAUGCUACAAGGUCUUUAGGUGGUUUUUUGUUUAAUGUCAAGCAAUGGGAUUAUGGUACUGCCUUAGCUGAUAUUGACUUCUUCUUAGCCUUCUAUUGGAUUCAGGUCCAUGGUCUGAAUUUAUAUGAAUUUACCUAUAACAAUGCGGUUACCAUAGGUAGCUGCCUAGGUAUCUUGGUUAAGCAGAAAACCCAAUCCUGAACAAUGUCCUGUUAGGGGAUUUCUUAGAUGUAGAGUGCAAAUAGAAGUGCUAAAACCCCUGUUUGUUGGUUUCCGGUCUCACUCUAAGAAUCAGGAAAACAAAUGAGUAAAGUUGAAGUAUGAGAAACUAUAUGAUUUCUGCUAUAAGUGUGGAAGGGUAGGACAUUUGGAGAAAUGUGUGGGGAAGAGGGAGUCAUGUCUCCAGUGGAUCUUUCAUGGCCUAUGUAUAUAUAUGGGAAAUGGAUUAGAACUGCACAAUUGAAGGAUAACACUAGGGACUUGGAUAGAUUUAGGAACGUAUACAGGAACAGCUCUAAUAAUCUGAACUUGAUAUACCCUCCUGGUGUAAGCUCUAAUGGGGAGAGUCUAUGGUAUAAGAAGGUUUAGGACUUCCCAUCUAUUUCCAAUUUUGAUCUUCUAGUGGCUCUCCCACAAGUUUUUUGUGAAUCUAGCUAUCCAAGGAAGGACCCUAAGCAUAGAUUAAUCUUUAAUACCCCCCAAUCUAUUUCCAAAAAAUUUAUCCUCUUGAGUCUUCCAGAUUACAUAAAUCUGGUUUUUAGAAUAUGGACUGAUGAUGGUAUGCAUGCCCAUGUUGUCUAUGAUGCUAUAUGCUGUGUUUCAUUCGGUUUUUCAAAUUGAAUAUAUCAUGUUACUUAUGUGAUAGUUGCUUAUGGAGAUGAAUGUUGAGGGCUUGGGUUCCUUUUUAUUUUUGCUUUUAUAAGUGGAUACUUCUUGGAAUCAUUCAGUGAAAUUGAAUCAUUAAAUUGGAAUUGAAAGGCUUGUUGGAAUUGAAAAGCAUUCAUAGUUUGCACAUAUUAUGGAGGAGCCCUAGAAAAAUCGAAAACAUGAAGAACAAAAAAACAGAAACAAAAGAGUACAAGUAUUUUACUUUGCACUAGUUGUGGUUUUUGCAUGAUCUUUGCCAUAUUUAUCCCUUUUAUGUUAAGUGC